CCUCACAGCAGUCACUACUCUGGAGAGCCGAGGACGGAGCGUGUGCACGUAACCCACCACCACUCCUCUCAUGCCAUUUCUGUGGAUAAUAAAGGAUAAUAAAGGAAUUAGCUGUAGUAAUAUUACAAGUUAUCAAUAAGCACCUGCCUGGUGACAUGGCCGCGGAGCGUCGUCUCUGGCUUCUGCUGUGGCUGGGCUGCAGCGGCUGCCUGUGUCUGGGUGACAAGAAGAGGCAUGAAGAAGCCGUGCUGCCCGUGGGGGACACGGUGUCCGAGCAUAUGCUUAGGCUCUAUGAUAGAUACCGAGGCGAUGGCGGAAGGGGCAGGGACCCUGCCAGGCACCCUCUGCCCUUUCACAACGGGAAUACCGUGAGGAGUUUCCGAGCCCUGACCGGGGAUGCAGACGAUAGCGGUCACCACAUUUUCAAUUUGACCUCACUCACAUCUUCAGAAAAUAUACUCUCAGCUACAUUCCAUUAUUAUCUUGGGGAUAUUCUAAACAGCAGUUUAAAAUGUCCACCCUCUCCACCAUGUCCUCAUCGGGUACAUCGAAAGCAUGAAAUAUCCAUUGGCUUCACAGCGUCCAGCUUCUUAUCACUUGAGAACCAGACAAGAGUGUUGGGUCACUUCUUUAUAAACAUUUCAUCAUCCUACCAUGACAUUCCAUCUUGGCAAUGGAAGGACAUUACUCAAAUCCUGCGGGAGGCCAAGCAGAAUGGAGAGGCUGUCAUUGGGAUCAAUAUUACCACUGAUACUCCAGCUCAACAUCGGAAGCAUUUGCUAAGGCAUAAACCUUAUAUCUUAGUAUAUGCUAAUGAUUCAGCAAUUUCCGAACCCAGUAGUGUCGUUUCCAACUUGCAUGGACCACACAGUCCUAUCAUUCAUAAACCACACCAUAAAGCAGAACUUUUCGAACACAGAAGUCGACGUUCAACCGAUAUUCUUUUACCAUUACAGAACAACGAGUUACCGGGAGCUGAAUACCAAUAUAAUGAAGAUGAAGAGCGUUGGGAGGAGAAAAAGCCAUACAAAACCCUUCAUGUCAAGCCAUUGGACAAAGGAAAAUCCAAGAAGAAAUUACGAAAAAGCGGGCGACAAAAAAGUCAGACACUCCAGUUUGAUGAACAGACCCUGAAAAAAGCAAGAAGAAAGCAAUGGAAUGAACCACGAAAUUGUGCACGCCGUUACCUUAAAGUAGACUUUGCAGACAUAGGCUGGAGUGAAUGGAUAAUUUCCCCCAAAUCCUUUGAUGCCUAUUAUUGCUCAGGUGCAUGCCAGUUCCCGAUGCCAAAGUCUUUGAAGCCAUCAAAUCAUGCCACUAUCCAGAGUAUUGUGAGAGCUGUUGGUGUGGUUCCUGGUAUCCCAGAACCCUGUUGUGUCCCGGAAAAGAUGUCUUCUCUCAGCAUCCUCUUUUUUGACGAAAACAAAAAUGUUGUCCUCAAAGUAUAUCCCAACAUGACAGUAGAGUCUUGUGCCUGCAGAUAACAUCUCAGAUCUUCACAGGCAUCAAAAGCAAUCUUCAUAUUUGCACUUUCAAAAUACCAUUCGUAAAAUAUUCACGUCUACCAGGGACAGCAAUGCAGAAGAAUCUAAACACUGGUGAUGGACCUCUGGACCUCUGCUACAUGCAAGUCAUACUGGACAGAUCAGUGCCCAUAGUGUAAACUAGCAUGUAGAACAUGAAGAUAAGCUCCUGUCUAAUAUAAGCUCUGCAGAAAGUAGGAGUUCUUAUGACUUUUCCAAAGACGCAUUUAUUUUUUUACCGGAAAAAAAAACAAACUCAAACCGACGAAGCUGUAAAGUGCCUUCAGACUCUUAAGUGUUCAACUUGGCUAUGAUGUUCUUCUCAUAUAGAAAUAUAUAUACACAGUCCAUACAUUUCUGUGUCUGUUACACAUAUCUGUUGCCAUAGAACGAACAGUAAGUGACAGAGUUGCCUCUUAGAAACUCUGAUGGAGUAUGAAGCGUUCUUCACUGCAUGAUAGCAAGUGUAAAUAAUUUGAGGACAUACAUUAUUGGACGUGGUUCUUAACAAGUUUGUGUAACAUAAUUGGAAACGUUGAUUUUUAUUUGAAUUUUUUGUUAACCAGCACUUUUUUAAUAGUGUAAACAAAUGGUAUAAUAGACAUGAUGAAAAAAAGUGUAAAAUAAACCAUAUUUAAUUUUGCUAUACUGUAUCACAAAAAAUAAAUCUGCCUGCUGCUUCUGUCCAAGAACGCAGAAUGUAUUUCCAUAGCUAUGUUUUUCUUUUGCCUUGUAGACCACUAUGUGUCAAGAAUAAGCUAGUUAUACUCUAGUUAUUAAAGUGGAACUCAGCCCCAAUAUUAAUAAUUGAAAAACUGGACAUAGUAUGGACACUAGGUGCUGUACUUCUUUAAUAGUGCCCCUCAGAAGACAUUCUUGUCCUGCUUAGAUCCAUGGCCCCAUAGAACAGUGACAACAAUGCUGCAUAUUACAAGGGUUGCAGCAGUGGUUGUCAGAACUACACCCCGUUAUCAGAUCAACAAGAGUGCCAUGCAGCAAUUGGCUGUAGUGGCAGAGCUCCUCCAACAUUGCUUCCACUCUACUGAUGUGUGCGUUGUCCUAUGUUACUCCGGCUGCAACUACCACUUGUAUUGCAGCUUUAACCAAUAAUUUUUAGGAUUUAAAAAUGGAGUGUGCUUUUGAUAACUACUGCUGCCGACAUUGUAAAGUACCAUCAACAUUGUCCUGAGGGACCAUUGAUCCAUACAUUUCAAAGACAACCACCUAAGGCCACUAUUAAAGUGUACUUCCAGUUUUGCUGCUGACUACAUCUUUUGACAAAAGUUUAAAAGUAUUUUUUUUUAGGGAAGCGGAAUGUCUGGGUUUCCCAUGUCUUAUGCAAUGCAUAAUAGAGAUACCCUUUAAAGAAAUACAGCAGCUGGUAUAUUAUUUGCCCAUCGUGGUAUCAGUUUACCAGUUAUUUAUUUUUGCCUGAGUACCACUUUAAGGCUAAGUUCACGCCACAUUUUUUACUACACUAAAAGGGGCUGUCCAACAACUUAUUACCCAUCCACUUGGUAAUAAGUGUCUGAUCAUGGGGUCCUCACUGAUGGGACCUCCAUAACCACAAGAAGACAGCCACUCUAUUCAUAGUCUAAGCGACUGAAUAGCCAAGAUCUUUCGCCUGUAGAUUGAAUGAAGUGGCAAUGCGUAUGUGGUGGGACCCCCAGCAAUCAGACACUUAUCACCUAUCAUGUAGACAGGUGAUAUGCUGUGAUUGUGGAGCAGCUCCUUUAAGGUAUGGGUCAUUUUUCCUAUUUUUAUUUGCUUAUCAACAAUUAUAACUGUAUGCCAUUGAUUUUCAUUUAAAUAAAACUUAAAAAGUCCACAUGUAUUCUGAAGAAUGGAUCAAAUGUGCGAACAUAGCACCUGUGUUGUUGAGGUAAGUAUCUAUCUAUACAGUGAUACAGUGUAUGCCAUACACUUAGUAAAACCUACUGUUGACAAAUGGUAAUGGUAAGACAUUUAAGAUGCCAACACAAGGGGUCCUUUUUUCAAACUGGUGUAAAGAAGAACUGUCUUAGUUGCCCAUAGCAAUCUUUGGAAAGUGAAAGGUGGAAUCUGAUUGGUUGCUACGGGCAACUAAGCCAGUUCUACUUUACACCAGUUUGAUAAAUGACCCCAAAAGUCUCCAGUCUGCUACAGUAUGUUUAAGAAAAUGUAGACCAAAAAUUCUCUUGAGUAAUUCAGUAGAUGUACUACCAGAAUCUAGCCUUCUUCAGCUUGAAGAGGUUUUCCAAAUAGCUGCCACUGGUAUAAAAUACUUACCAAUCCCCUGCCACUCCUGACACUUUUCUGGUGCCCCUGGUCCAGUGAUGUGACUUCUGAAGCUGGUGGUCAUGUGUCGACCCGCAACAUCUUCUCUGAGGCCCAGUAAACACAGACCAGAAUGGGACCAGGGAAGGAUGAGCAACGUAGCGGCAGCGGAUCGGUAAGGUCAGUAGAUAAUAUUGUGGGGAUGGAAAGUUUUAUUAUUAUUAUUUAUUUGAAAGCGCCAUUACUUUCAUGGUGCUAUACAUCAAGCCCGCCAGAACUUACAAUCUACAAGGCAGGGGAGGUGGUUAAGUGCAAAAAGUCUCAAAAACACUAGGGAGGAGAUUUAUCUUCCCCCUUCAUCUGGUUUUUGGCAUUUAAAAAAAAAACACAAAUCUCUGGUUUGCAACAUUUUAAACACCAUUCCAACUAAAUUAAGUCACAAUUAGCGUUUCCUGCCAGCCUCACCAAUUUCUUAAAAGGAGAAGGGGGGCAUGGGCGAGGUUAUUGGCAUCAGCACACCUAGAAUCAUUUACUCCAGUUUUCUGCCGUAAAUGAUGGCUGGAAUCUGUGCUAGCUACGAGCUGACUGCUGUAGGAAGUAUUUAAUUUAUGACAGGGCAGGAGCCUCACCAUAUAUACAUUUACUAUCAAGACUGGCUAUAUAUGUAUGGCUGCAACAGAUGUCACAGUGUAGGCAUACAGUUACAGUUAACAGUAUACAGUUAACAUAUAGCGGCCAGGCAGCUAUUUGACAUCCGUCAUAUGAAUGGUGCCCUUAGGAGCUUCCCAAAAUACUCAUAACCAUAAGUGUCUUCAAUCCAGCGUAAUAUAUUAUGGGAAAAUAUUGU